UGCUGAAGGAGAGUCGAUGAGUUCAUCAUCGGGGGCAGGUGAUGCAUGAUGAAGCUGUAACUGAUCUAGAUGAUGAGAUACUGCAGCUGACAGAGGGCCAUGGGUUCCUGUACGAGACGUUUGGGGUGCGUCCCCGGUUUUCGUGGCACGUGGACCCGUUUGGAGCCUCUGCCACCACCCCUGUCCUCUUUGCCCUGGCUGGGUUCCAUGCCCACCUCAUCUCACGUAUUGACUAUGACCUCAAAGAUGUCAUGCAGAAGAGCAAGAAACUACAGUUUGUUUGGAGAGGCUCCCCCUCCUUGAAAGAGCAGCAGGAGAUCUUCACUCACACCAUGGACCAGUUCAGCUACUGUACUCCAUCUCACCUGCCUUUCUCUAACAGCUCUGGUUUCUAUUGGAAUGGUGUGGCUCUGUUCCCUGACCCCCCUAAAAAUGGCAUCUACCCCAACAUGAGCCUGCCUGUCACCAAAGAGACGCUGCACUCCUAUGCCAAGACCAUGGUGCUGAACAUCCAGCAGAGGGCAGCGUGGUUCAGGACAAACCAUGUCCUCUGGCCCUGGGGUUGUGACAAGCAGUUCUACAACUCCUCUGUGCAGUUUGCCAACAUGGAUCCCUUGGUGGAAUACAUCAACCAGAACAGCAAGGAGUUUGGAGUGACAGUCCAGUACGCCACUCUCAGCGAGUACUUCCAGGCUGUCCACCAAUCAAAUCUCACCUGGGAGGUGAGGGGAAGUGAGGACUUCCUUCCCUACUCCACUGAACCUUUCCAGGCGUGGACUGGGUUCUAUGCCUCCCGGAAUGUUCUGAAGGGGAUAGCCAGGAGAGCUAGUUCCCAGCUGCAUGCUGCAGAGACUCUGUUCACCCGGUACCGGGCCAGCUACCCAGAUGGACCGGUCCCUAAAGAAGAGGCCCUGCAGAAGCUGAAGGCCCUCCGCUGGGCUGUCUCUGAGGUGCAGCACCAUGAUGGGAUCACAGGGACAGAGUCCCCCAAGGUGUCUGACAUGUACAUAGAGCACCUGACCCAGGCUAUGAUGGGAGUAGAGGAACUCCUGGCUGCCCUCUUCCUCCUGCCCCAGACCCUGGGCACCGCUAGCAACCCUGAAGACUCUCAUAGCAAGGGCUCCCAUCAGGACCUGGAGCAGCACAUCAUUGUGUACAACCCCCUGGCAUGGAACACCACCGCCAUCAUCAACGUCACGGUAACCUUGCCCAUGGCAACCGUGUUCGACGACCAAGGACAGGCCAUACCUGCACAGACCCAGAGUUCAGCUGACUCCAACACGACCUAUGACCUGUUCAUUGUGGUGAACCUUGGGGGUCUCCAACACAGGAAGUACCUCAUCAAGUUCUCAGAGAAGCCGGGUAAAGAGGGGUCCUCGACCCACCAUGCCUGGGUUGUGUCGUUCAAGAGACUAAAUGUUUCACAGGAGUUGAAGACAGGAAGGAGACUCUUGCCGGUUCUGAAUGAGUGUUACAAGAUCAUGCUGGACCAGGAUACUAACCUACUGCAUAGCAUCACCGACAGGAAUGAGAAGAGAACGGUGAGAAUGAGUCAGGAUUUCUGGGAGUACCAGGUCAAUGGGAAUGUCAGCGCAGGGCCCAUCUCUGACAACUACAUCUUCAGUGCCAACGGCUCGGCAGUGAGGGCGUACAAGGCCGUCAAGAUGGAGAUUGUCCCUGGGAAGAUCGUCACGGAGAUCAGACAGUACUUCUACAGAGAGGAAGCAGAUGAGGACUACGCCUACUCUGUCACCACCAGAAUACCACAGAGUUUCCCCAGCGGCAGGCUGUGUUACAGGAUGGAGCAGAGCUACUCGCUGGGCCCCCUGGUGGUCAACACCGAAGCUGUCCUCAGGAUCAAGACCAGCCUGAAGAACAACAGGACUCUGUUCACUGACGACAACGGGUACCAGAUGAUGAAGAGGCCCUCCAGGACGUUCGUCAAUGAUACUGUUGCCAGAAACUACUACCCCAUGGUUCGAAUGGCCUACAUUGAAGAUGACUCUAGCAGACUGGUCCUCCUCAGUGAGAGAGCUCAUGGUGCAUCCAGCCAGAGUGAGGGAGAGCUGGAGGUGAUGCUCCACCGACGUCUGUGGAACAACCAGGAGUGGAGUCUGGGUUAUAACCUGACCCUGAACGACAGCUCAGUGGUGAGGCCUGUCCUAUGGAUGACACUGGGCUCCCUGGCUGCUACCUCCUCUCUCUACCAGAGGGAGGCGCUAGAACUGCAGCACCGACCUGUGGUCAUGCCCAUCGACAGGCCACAGAAGGCCUGGAGGAAGGAGCCUCGGACCGGAUCUCCGAUUCGCCCCGUGGUCCUGCCUGACAACCUCCACCUGCUGACGCUUAGUGUCCCGGGUUGGUUCUACAAUUCCAACCACACCCUGCACCUCCGCAACAUGGAGACCGGUACCCCUGGAUCCACACAGCCGGACUACGAUCGGGUCCUACUGAGGAUCAUGCAUCUGUAUGAGAAGGGGGAAGACCCGGUUCUGUCUCAGCCGUCCACCAUUAACAUGAAGGAAGUGCUGCGGGGCAUAGGGGAAGUGAGAGCGUUGGAAGAGCGCUCUCUCACAGGAACCUGGGAUAUCUCCGACCUCCAGCGGUGGAAGUGGAAGGCUUCAGAAGACCCAGGGAGGGGUGAGAGUGUUGGGGUCAAGAGGUCAAGUGUUGGUGUGAGAGGAGAGUUCAACGUGACCAUAUCACCCAAAGAAAUCAGGACCUUCUUUGUUUACUUCAAGCUCAAGUAGAACGUUCCUGUUACCCUUCAGUCUUCUGUGAAGAUGGAUGACUAAUCUGAAGAGAGGCCUUCUGACAUGUAGAACAUGUGAUUAAACAUUCUGUCAUGUACUUUCUCUAAUAUAACACGGGACAUUGUAUGACCAGGAUGUGGAUUAUCUUGAAGUGCCGGUCUACUUUUUCUGUAUUAAAUUGAGUAUAAUCUAAAAUAGGGAGUCGCUCCAUUUUUGUGUUUUUUUCCUCAGUUGAAGUGCUUCUGUUUUUAAGGCCUUGGAGAGGGGAAGGUCAUUAUUGACACCUCAAGCAUCUGAAACCCUCAUAACCCAACCCAGUAGUUAUCUCACUGUUUGAGUAGCAGAAAGAUUGUUGAUCUGUAUGGCGUUAGUGAGACAUGUUCUUCCUGUUUGCAAGUGAGCGCAGCGCUGACAGUCCACAGUAGACCACACGGCCACUUCCUGUUAUUGGCCUUAAAGAAUAAGUACUUUCCAUAGGAUGACAUCAGUCUAUAAAUCAAAUUUUAUUGGUCACAUGCAGAUGUUAAUGCGAGUGUUUGCGAAAUGCUUGUGCUUCUAGUUCCGACCAUGCGGUAAUAUCUAACUACCUUACACUCACGUAAACCUGUAGCUUCACUUGAAUUGGCCCUUUCCAUUGGCUCUGUAAUUCAACAUUCAACUCAAGAGCACCCAGUGAUCAAUCUGAACGUUUUGUUGUGGAAUUACACCUCUAAAGAUGUGAAUAAAUAUUUUUUAAACUUG